AAGCCAUUCUUCUUCUUCUUCUACCAAAGUUUCUCAAUCUCCAAGACUCCAAAACAAAUAAAGUUUACAAUUUUCCUUUUCUUCUCUUCCUAGGCUUGGAUCACUCAGUAAAAGAAAAAAAAAAUGGUGAAACCGAGAGUUUUACUAUGUCCUGGAGGACCUGGACCCGGGAGAGACACGCCGGAGAAGAAACCACCGCCGGCGUCAACUGAAGAUCCAAAUCGAGAGAGUAGGGUUUAUGGCUCAGAUACUAUGGUGAAGGAAGGGGAUUUAGUAGAAUCAGACAUUACCGAGAAAGACAGUGAGGGUUUUUUCAAAAUCAUAGACCAAAUUGAGGAAAAAGCUUCAUCAAUUUUUAAGUUUUCGCUUCUGUUUGAUGACGUGAGUGACUCAAUGGAGAAGGAGGAAGAAGAACGACUAAGAGUGGUUGAAGCGAGGGAAAAGGAGAUUGGUUUGCUUGAAGAGUCAAUAUCUGGUAGAUUAAGUGUUUUAGAGGAGAAAGAGAUAGAUUCUGAUUUGAGACAGGUCAUCAUGAUGUUGGUGCUUGAGAAGCAGAGUGAAGCAAGGGAUAAGGAGCUUAACUUAAUUGAGGAAGCUAUCAAAGAGAAGACUGCUGAUUUGAAGAGAAAGGAGGAGACUUUUGAGCUGAAAAUGAAAGAAGAAGCUGAAAGAUGGAGAGAGGAGAAUGAACUGAGGAGUAAAGGUCUUGAGGUUAAAGAAAAGGAGCUUAGGGUACUUGAGGAAGCUAUGAAAGAAAAGACUACUGAGUUGAAGAGAAAGGAGGAGACUUUUGAGCUGAAAGUGCUAAGAGAGUCUGAAAAAUUGAGAGAGGAGACUGAACUGAGCAGCAAAAUUCUUGAGAUUAAGGAGAAGGCACUAGGAAAAAUGUUGAAUGAGCUUGCGUGGAAGCAGAUGGAAUUAGAAGAAACAUCAAAACAACAAGUUAUAGAAGCAGAAUCUCGGAAGAGAUCCAACCUUGAGCUUGAGCCUCUCUUGUUGGUAAAUAAUAAUGAUAGUGCUGCUCUUACUCCUCAAGCCAAAAAACAGAAAUCUCAUGAAGCAAAUGAUGAAGACAUUGAAGUUGUCAUCACAGAUGAGGUUCCAAAAUCAUUAACUUGUCAUGAUACAGAUGAUUUUAGCAAGUUAAUGAGCUCUUUUGCUGUUGAUCAAGUAUGGGCUUUAUAUGAUUCUAGAGAUGAUAUGCCUAGGAUCUAUGCUAAGAUCAGGAGCAUUUUCGACUCUGAGUUGAGUUUGCAGGUGACAUUACUAGAGCCUGUCAAGACUACAAAAGAUAGGAAAUUUAUUAGUAGUGGUUGUGGUAGAUUCGAAUAUGGAGAUACAGAGAUCAAAAGUCAUCUGAUGUUUGCUCAUGAGAUGCAUCAUAUCAUAUGUGCCAACAAUGUCAUCGUGAACCCAAGAGAAGGAGAAACAUGGGCUCUUUUCAGAGAUUGGAAUGCAAGUUGGAAUCUGCACGAGCCUCCUUAUAGAUAUGACUUUGUGAGAGUCAUCUCUGAGUUUGAUGAUCUUACAGGUAUUCGAGUGGCCUAUAUGGGGAGAGUUGCAUCGGAUAUUAACAGUGCUGAGCAUGGUGUCAUCAUACCAGGGGAAAUGCAGAGGUUUUCUCAUAAAGUUGCAUCGGUUAAAUCGAGUGGAGAUGAGAAAGAGGGUAUCCCAGCUGGUUCUUUCAAGGAAGCUACACCGAGAUAUGAUCCUGAGGUUGAGGAGGUUGUGGAAAUGAGAAUACAAAGCAAAGGUUGUGGUAAAGCUCCAAGAGUUGAAGAUCAAAAUGGGUCUAGAAAAGAUCUGCCCAUUAUAUUAGAUUGAGGGACUCACGUUUAACUAUAUAAACUUAUCAAAUGUGUGGCAUUUUAAAUGAACUAAAACUAAUAUGUAUUUAACCAAAUUUGAACAAAAAUCGAAAUGUACACACCCUAUGUAUCA